GAUCCAGCCAGUCCUCAUGAGGCAGACUUCAGCCAAUGCUGUGAUCGUUCCCCCCCUCAUGCUGCUCUACGUUUUGUAGCGGCACCGCGAUGGGGAUGUCCGAUUUGAUGACGAUGGUGCUGAACUGAACCCAAUGCAGCGCCUUAGCUAUGUACAGAAUCCAGCGCAGCGACUCGCUUCUCUACUACUCGUAGGUGCACCGGUACCCUAGACCACACCGCCACCGGUACAGUAUCGCCUCGACUGCUCCCGCCACUCCGCCCGAGCUCCGCCAUGCCUUGCGCUCGGCCUCGGGGGCUGGCGUGCUACAAAUGGAAGCGCUCUUUCCAGUCUGUCGUCAAUUUUCAGUCGCGCGCUCCUCACUCCAUCGAUCGCUCUUUUUUCCAGUCGCCAGUCGUCAGCUGCUCACUCGCCAAAGGGGGAGACUGGUCUUGUAAUAACCUCUACUAGCGAUGAUGAUGCUCCAGCGGCAUUCCCGUUUCUCCACGCGAGUCGUAGUGGUGAUGGCGGCGGUGGCGUUGUUCCUUGCUGCUGUCUUCGUUGCCCCGUCUCAGGCCGGUCCUCUCACGACCUUCAUCGUGGGCGGCAGCUACUUCAUCCCCCAGCCCAACCCCUGGAAUCUCCAAGCGUACAGAUACAACCCUCGCCGCGUGCUGCCUGGAAACGACCUCGUGUUCCGGUGGAACGGGUGGCGGUCGGACGUGUGGAAGUUUCCCACCUUUGCGGCAUACCAGAGCUGCGACUUCUCCGUUGGCGUGCAGCUCACCAAGCCGUCCUACUUUGGCCGAUACAUCUACUCCAUCUCCAAGGCCGAGGCCGGCACCACGCUCUACUUCGGCAGCCGCGUGUGGCUCAACUGCCGCAAGGGGCAGAAGGCCAAGAUCAGAGUGAGAGAUCUCAACCCGUUCGAUUAGAGCAGCCGGUGUGGUACAGCUGAUGGAAGGAACUGCCAGUCAGGAUGGUAGAUAGAUAGCCAUGAUGUUUGUGGUAUGGAUUUGUUUUUUCUCCAUGGAUGCCUGUUGGUUAGGUGGUUUUGCAUGGGCUGCUGUAUUGUAGACGAGAGUAUCUGCUGUGCCUUCUUUUGAGGCUAUGUUAUCAAAUGUCCAUAUUUACUGCGUUUCGUCCAGG